GUUCUUCAUGAUGGAUUUUCUUUGAUACUCAGAUCUGAUUGCAGAGAGUCACAUUCUUAUCUUAUAUGUUGUUUCUCAACGAAGACGUGUGUUUAUUUUUCUUCUGAAUUUGCAGAUCCAGUUUUUUUACUUGGGAGGGACUGAAAGUUCUGAAAGAUGGAGAAAUCGUGCACGCUGCUCGUACAUUUUGACAAGGGUACGCCAGCGCUCGCCAAUGAGAUCAAGGAAGCCUUAGAAGGAAAUGAUGUUCAAGCUAAAGUGGAAGCUCUUAAGAAAGCAAUUAUGCUUCUUCUGAAUGGUGAAACCAUCCCUCAGUUAUUCAUCACUAUAAUCAGGUAUGUCUUGCCCUCCGAAGAUCACACAAUUCAGAAGCUGUUGCUUUUGUAUUUCGAGAUCAUCGAGAAAACUGAUUCGAAAGGAAAAGUGCUCCACGAAAUGAUUUUGAUCUGCCAAACUUUGUUGAACAAUCUAAACCACGCUAAUGAGUAUAUCCGGGGAGUCACCCUUAGGUUUCUCUGUCGGUUGAAAGAGACUGAAGUUAUAGAACCCUUGAUCCCCACUGUAUUAUCCAACCUAGAGCAUCGCAAUCCAUUUGUUAGAAGAAAUGCUAUUCUUGCAGUGAUGUCAAUCUAUAAGCUUCCUCAAGGGGAGCAGAUGAUGGAUAAUGCCCCAGAUUUGAUUGAGAAAGUGCUUGCAACUGAACAAGAUUCGGCAGCCAAGAGGAAUGCCUUCCUUAUGCUAUUCACCUGCGCUCAGGAUAAGGCUGUCAACUACCUUUUUACCCACAUUGAUAGAAUUAUUGACUGGGGUGAACAAUUGCAGAUGGUGGUGUUGGAGUUGAUUCGAAAAGUUUGUAGGGCAAAAAGGGGGGAGAAGGGAAAGUACAUCAAGAUCAUCAUAUCCCUGCUCAAUGCCCCAUCAGCUGCGGUAAUCUAUGAAUGUGCAGGAACUCUUGUUUCUCUCUCAUCCGCUCCUACUGCUAUCAGGGCAGCUGCCAAUACUUAUUGCCAGCUUCUGCUCUCACAAAGUGACAACAAUGUGAAACUCAUUGUGCUCGACAGGCUUAAUGAACUUAAAUCUUCACAUAGGGAAAUUAUGGUGGAGAUGAUCAUGGAUGUUCUUAGGGCACUUUCAAGUCCAAAUCUUGAUAUCCGUAGGAAAACCAUUGACAUUGCCCUUGAACUGAUAACUACUAGGAACAUUGAUGAAGUUGUUCUAAUGCUAAAGAAAGAAGUUGUCAAGACCCAAAGUGGAGAACUUGAGAAAAACGGUGAAUAUAGGCAGAUGCUUGUUCAAGCUAUUCAUUCAUGUGCCAUCAAAUUUCCAGAGGUUGCCAGCACUGUCGUUCAUCUUCUCAUGGACUUCUUGGGUGACACAAAUGUAGCCUCGGCACUUGAUGUUAUUGUGUUUGUUCGUGAGAUAAUCGAAACAAACCCAAAAUUGAGAGUCUCGAUCAUAACCAGGCUUCUGGACACUUUCUAUCAGAUUCGUGCUGCACGCGUAUGUUCUUGUGCUCUUUGGAUAAUAGGUGAAUACUGUCUUUCACUCUCUGAAGUUGAGAGUGGAUUAUCAAUUAUUAAACAACACCUUGGAGAACUUCCUUUCUAUACUGCUUCAGAAGAAGGGGAGGGCCAGGAUCAGCACCACCACUCAAAGAAUGUUCAACAACCAGCCCUUGCGACCGUUUCUUCAAGGAGGCCAGCUGUCCUUGCAGAUGGAACUUAUGCCACUCAGAGUGCUGCUUUGGAAACUGCUAUGUCACCUCCAACCCUAGUUCAAGGUUCACUUUCUUCCUCCAUGGGAAACUUAAGAUCCCUUCUUCUGGGGGGUGAUUUCUUCCUUGGUGCAGUUGUGGCAUGCACUUUAACAAAACUUGUAUUGAGGCUGGAAGAGGUUCAAUCAUCAAAAGCUGAAGUGAACAAGGCAUCUAGUCAGGCUGUAUUAAUCAUGGCUGCGAUGCUUCAACUAGGAAAAUCUUCCGCCCUCGCACAUGCAAUUGAUAAUGACUCUUAUGAUAGGAUUAUCCUGUGCAUCAGAUUACUUUGCAACACUGGUGAUGAGGUGAGAAAAAUAUGGCUACAAUCUUGCCGACAGAGUUUCGUGAAAAUGUUGGCAGACAAGCAAUUCCGUGAAACAGAGGAAAUUAAAGCAAAAGCCCAGGUGUUAAAUGCUCAGCCAGAUGACCUUAUUGAUUUCUACCACUUGAAGAGCAGAAAGGGUAUGAGCCAGCUUGAGCUCGAAGAUGAGGUACAAGACGACUUAAAGCGUGCCACUGGAGAGUUCAUGAAGGACAAUGAGGAUGCAAAUAAACUUAACCGUAUCCUUCAACUCACAGGAUUCAGUGACCCUGUUUAUGCUGAAGCAUAUGUGACAGUGCAUCAUUAUGACAUUGUUCUUGAUGUAACUGUCAUCAACCGUACAAAGUCAACACUCCAGAACCUUUGUUUGGAGCUAGCUACCAUGGGGGAUCUUAAACUUGUGGAACGCCCACAAAACUACACACUAGCACCUGAAUCAAUCAAAAAUAUCAGAGCCAACAUCAAAGUCUCGUCAACUGAAACAGGAGUUAUCUUUGGGAACAUCGUUUACGAGACCUCAAAUGUACUUGAGCGCAAUGUUGUUGUCCUAAAUGACAUUCACAUUGACAUAAUGGACUACAUUUCUCCUGCAACAUGUGCUGAUGUGGCAUUCAGGACUAUGUGGGCUGAGUUUGAAUGGGAAAACAAGGUUGCAGUGAACACUGUCAUUCAAGAUGAGAAAGAAUUUAUGAACCACAUCAUAAAAUCUACCAACAUGAAAUGCCUCACACCAUUGUCGGCACUAGAAGGGGAUUGCGGUUACCUUGCAGCUAAUCUGUACGCGAAGAGUAUAUUUGGGGAGGAUGCAUUGGUGAAUGUGAGCAUAGAAAAACAAGCGGAAGGGAAACUGAGUGGGUACAUCAGGAUUAGGAGUAAGACUCAGGGAAUUGCUCUCAGCCUUGGCGAUAAAAUCACUGUGAAACAGAAGGGGGGAAGUGUUUGAAUCAGAAGAAGAUUUUGUUUGUCUUAAACCUCAGUCAAUCGAGUCAGUCAAUUGAAGUUGGUUCGAAUCCAAUUUUUUUGAUGAUGAAAAGACAGUGUUAGAAUGAUGAGUGUUUUGUCUGUGUCCAGAAGGAAGAAGGAAGGAAGAAAGGAGAAGAGAGUUGAUUGUAUUAUUCUUAGCAGCAGCAGUUACUACUUGGAUUUGAUUAAUACUUUUUCCAUUGAACCAAUUUUCCUUUUGUUGUUGAGUGCAUCACUAUGAAUUAUUUGGUGAAUACAUAUAUAUAUAUAAAUUCUCAAGUACUUAAAUACACAAAUAAGAAUUGUCUAAUCUUCUUGUAAUGUCAA